AAAGAAAAAAGAAAUUCAAACUUUGAAAGAAAAAACUGAAAAAUAACAUUUUUAUAAUUGAUAGAUUUAGGGUCUAUUCGAUUUAGAAAGGAAGUGUUCCUUACAAUUAGAAUCAAGAAUCAAACACGAAUCUUUAGCUAUAUUUGAAGUCAGCGCUAGGCCAAAUCGAACUAUGGCACUGAGCAAAGCUGAAAAACUACCCCAAGAAAUCAUAGUUGACAUACUAUCCCGUCUUCCUGCAAAGUCCAUAGGUCAAUUCAGGUGUAUAUCAAAGCAGUGGUGCUCUCUUCUAUCAGACCCCCAAUUCAUCUCAGCUCACCUCACUAUAAAUUCCCACAAAGAAGAAGAAAACCUCAUUCUUGUUUCUGAUUCUCACUCUCUUCACACUAUCACUUUUAACCACGACCCCCAAAAUGGAACAAUCGAUGCCAUUUCAAGAAAGCUUAAUUUUCAGCAACUUGAAGACAACUGGGUAAGUGUUGCUGGCUCAUGUAGUGGCUUGGUCUUGGGGGUAAAUGAUGAGGAAAUCAAAUUUUUGAUCAACCCCACAACCUUAGAGUACUUUGAAAUUCCAAAAUUUAAUUUGGCUCUUCCUGUGCCUGGUAGUUUUAGCAUGUAUGGUUUAGGGUAUGAUGUUGUUAGUGAUGAUUAUAAGGUGGUUACUCUUUCUUAUUACGAUACGGAUAAUGAAUAUGAGCCAGAUAUCGAUUAUACUUUUGUGGAUGUUUACUAUGUGAGAAAGGAUAUUUGGAGGAGACUUGAGAGUUCUCCUUAUGAUCAUGCAGUUCCUCAACUUGCUUCUGGUGUUUUGGUAAAUGGGGCUUUGCAUUGGUUAGCUAGUAGUAAAACUUCCGGUUAUUCAUCAGUAAUUGUUGCUUUUGAUUUAAGUGAUGAUAAAUUCUUGGAGGUGCCAGCACCUACUACUCUUGAUAAAGGUAAUUUUGUGUUUAAUAAGCUUGUGGCUCUUAGAGGGUGUCUUUGUAUGUUCACUAAUACACAUGAGGAUGAAAUUGAUGUUUGGAUAAUGAAAGACUAUGGGGUUGAGGAGUCUUGGACCAAAUUUGUAGUUAAAGGACCGGAUUCGGUGACUGAUCUGAUACCAUUGUGUUUCAUGAGUGAGGAUGAUGUUUUACUAGAUGCGGAUGGAAAGUUGAUUGUCUACAGUAUGAGAGAGGAUCGGUGGAGGAAUAUGAUGGUUGAUGGGAUUCCUACCAUGUGUGAGAAUGCCGGAACUGCAAUCUUUAGGGAGAGUCUUGCUUCGCCUACAUUUGGCUAAGGAGCUCAGAGUUACUAUAUUUCUUGAUGCACUAUUCUGAGAUGAUGUUGCGUACAGGAAUUAAUCUACUUCUUGAACAUUUUCCCGGUGCCUAUGAAAUGGAAUGUCAAGAGAACUGCAUGUUUUCAAGAGGCAUGGAUCUUUAUAUAUUUAUAACCCAAUGGUGCUACUCGGUAAACUAUGAUGGGAGAGUUUUUGAUGGACACUUGCACUUUGAUUUGUAUGUUGCCGUUAUGUAAAGACAUCACUGUUGCAGUGCUAGGAGAAAGGGGGCCUUUUGAGCAAAUCCACUAAUGUGAUUUUGUUUGUUGAGAGUUUAUAUCUCAGUUGAGUUUCUCAACUUUCAGGUGAAUAGAUCAUAUAGAUGAUCUGACUAACUAUUCUAUUUGCCCAUAUAACAAGAGGGUAUACAUUAAGUUUGUAUAAUAUUCUAGCUUUGCCUUCUAUUAGCAUAUACAAGAAACACUGUGCUUAUACUGUCCUUUCAGUAUGUGGCUGGAAAUAUAGUACAAAUUUGCCUAUCA